AUGUAUGGUGAUAUUAAUACCAUCACGAUAUCUGGACUUGACUUUGAUAUUUUCGAAGAAGAGAAUAACAUCCAUAUAACCUGGGUUAACUUGCACGACUUUCAUAACUCAGCAUCCAUCGGUGCCGUUCUGAAACUUCCAGACAACGAAAAUAGCAUAGGGCACAAUUAUAUUGUCCCCUGCGCUGUCGAUGCCAGAUGGAUUUCUGCCGAAUUGAGUAUUGAGCCUGCAACAAGCCAAAUUGUCUUUGGUGAUCUCGGGAGUUUAGGAGCUUUCUCUGAUUUGGGGGCUUUGAUUUCAGACGCCAAAAGAAGUCGAUCUCCAGGCUUGGCUUCUUUCGUGAGUGAUAUGAUCAAAAUUGACCUUGAAUGGGCGCAAUUGAUGAAUCUUGUGACUCCUAUCGACCACAAAUAUUCUUCGAGCGUAGGUAUGCGAACCAAUAGUACGAUUCGUGUGCCAAACGCAACUAGCAUCGAAGUUUUACUAGAGCAAAGAUUACUUUCUAGUGGGUUGUUUCCGGAUAUAUCAAUAUUUUUCGAUGCUCCAGACCUGACUAACGCAUCAACUCUCGAAAUGAAGGUUCAAGCCUUCAUAUCAAUAUUCCUAAGCAUUCUCAUAACCGACGCUCUGGUCCAGUAUACACAAGGUGAUAUAUCCUUAUUGUCUAUUAGUUCCGAGACAGACACAAGCACAUGCAUACUAAUGGUCUACGUGUUCGGUUACCAUACAUUCGAGCUUCCCUGUGACAACCCUCGUACCAGCUCGUGGAAGUUUGAUCUUGAGAGACGGGGUUAUAGUUACGGCAUGAAAAGCUUUACGACUCGAUUGGCACUAGCUGCUCUCCUCACACAUACUCUCAUGGCGCUUAUUUUUAUAGUGUACCUAUGUUUCGUAGGCUGGACGACGAAAUCGUGGGGCUCAAUUGGAGAAUUGGUUGCGCUGGCGCUGAUUUCCAGGAGGACGAAAGGAUUUCGGGGAACGGAUGCUGGGAUUAGUCGUGCGGAGACUUGGGCGCAAAAUGUAAGGAUUGUAGAGGCGGGAGAUGGGGGGUUGGAGAUGAGAUUUGAGGAGGAUGGAGGGGGAGGGGGAAUCGAGAUGGGAAAGAGAGUGCAGGUGGGCAAGAAAUAUGGAUAUCAAAAAGCGGCCGUGAAGAAUAUCAAAAGAAGCAAAACUUCAGCGUCUAUGCCUUGA